AAAAUAAAAAAUAGCUCACACUUAAGUCCAAUAUCUUGUGACAUCUGUUAAAGCAGCCGCAAUUCGUGGCAGGAAAUUCAAAGCACAAAUUUGGGUAUAUGGAUAUCCAGUCAAGGGCCAUGCUUGGCCAUUUCAGUGUUGGCUUUCACGGCGACAAGUUCUGAGCAAAAUGCACAUCACAUUCGAGAUCUUGAGCUUUUUGUUGCUGCCCAUCUUGCUGGCCAGCGGCGAAAUGCAGUGGGAUUGUGACUACAGCCAGGCGAUUCAUCCCGGAGAAUCCUACUAUUUUAGAAACCCCAAUUGGCCCAACAAUUACCCAAGCGGCUCCAGUUGCCGGCUGAAAGCAACAACCGCUUGGGCCAGCAAUAAGUUGGAGAUCAAGUGCAACAUGGACAUACCAAAGGAUAAAAAGGGAUGCAUCAAUCAUCGCAUCGUUGUGAGCACGUACGUGGAUGAAGUGGAAAGCCCCAGAAGCACGCAAGUUUAUUGUGGAAAAAAAGAAUUCACCAAAUCAAUUAUCCAACCGCAAAAAUAUUCAAGAAUUUAUGCCGAAUUCACUUCGAAUGGUAAUAAAACGGGACGCUUUUCGUGCACACUCUCGAAUAAGGGACCGCAAUCAUGAUAAAAUCAUAAUACAAGUAUAAUAAAAUAUA